GAUGUUACUAGGUGAGGAAGAGACAUUGAAGCUGAGGCAGCUGUAUCCUAUGAGAAAAUAGGAUAUAAUACAUAUGAUAAUCCAUGAACUUGUUUAUGCUAGCUAUUUUGUGGAACUGGUGAGCUAAGGAAAAAUCCAGAUCUCUACAAUGCAGAGCAACAUAAGAUCAUUCUUCCAGCCUCUGGCACGAAUAAAGUCUGAAAAAGAAAAAGCAGAAGACAGCCACAUGGAAGAUGCACGAAUUAAGUCUGAAAAAGAAAAAGCAGAAGACAGCCACAUGGAAGAUGCACGAAUUAAGUCUGAAAAAGAAAAAGCAGAAGACAGCCACAUGGAAGAUGUGCUUAUUUCACAAAAGAAAUUAAUAAAUGGUCCAGAACUCGGUGAAGACUUCCCAGUGAAUUCUGCAUCAAAAAAAGUUGCUAAGGUCCUUAAGAGUGAUGAUGAAGAAGAUUCUGUGGAAUUAGAUGGAAAGGAUGCACUAGCAGAUGACAACAAGUUGAGCCCUGACUGUGUUUCUGAGCAAAAGAUCUCUGAAGCGAGCAUCUCUCCAAGUACCAGCCCAACUACCACCAAUUCAAUCACAUCUUUCAGUAUCCCAAGGCGCAAAACUGCCCGCAAGCAACUCUCUAAACGUAAACCACAGGAAGAAGACAACAGUUAUAAUUUCCAUGAAAGCCGCAGUACCAAACGAUGGAAGGAAGACCUUGAUAGAGAUGAUUCUAAAGAUAAAACUAAUGAGAAACCCAUGGAAGUGGAAGAAGUGAAAAGUGAAAAUGCAAAAUUGGUGCAGCAUAAAACAGACAGAAAUGCAAAGGAGAAAAAAAUCUCAGAUUCCUCUAAGCCAUCCAGCAAGUCCAUUUCUAGUUUUUUUGCUCCCAAGAAAAGUUCUGUGAAUAUAGAAAAGAAGCAAACAACUGUAGUAUCAGAAAACAUGGCAGUACCAAAGUGUCUUAAUAAAGUUAAUAAUGAUGAGUCCAACAGCAUGGCUGACAAUUUUCUCAAGCCAUCAUUUACACUUGAGCCUGCAGAAUACAAUCCUACAAAGAGCACUUAUCAUCCUAUUCAUAAUGCUUGCUGGGGCCCUGGCCAAAAGAUACCAUACAUGGCUUUGGCUCGUACUUUUGAAUAUAUUGAGGAGGAAUCUGCCCGGUUGAAAAUUAUAGAGACCCUAAGCAAUCUCUUUCGUUCUGCGAUUGUCCUAUCUCCACAAGACCUGCUCCCCUGUGUCUAUCUCUGUCUCAAUCAGUUAGGCCCAGCAUAUGAGGGCCUAGAAUUAGGCAUUGGCAAAACCAUCCUCAUGAGAGCUCUGGCCCAGGCCACAGGUCGCCAAUUGGACCAAAUCAAGGCAGAGGCAGCAGAGAAGGGAGAUCUAGGUUUAGUUGCUGAAAACAGUCGUACAACACAAGGAACUGUGUUUGCUCCACCCAAACUUAGUGCUGCUGCUGUCUUUGGCAAACUGCAAGCAAUUGGUCAUAUGGCAGGAAGCUCUUCUAUGAACAAGAAAAUUGACAUUAUCAAAUCUUUGUUUGUUGCAUGUCGCCAUUCAGAGGCUCGUUAUGUGGCUCGGUCCCUUGAAGGAAAGUUACGGAUUGGGCUAGCAGAGCAGUCUGUCCUCUCAGCUCUUGCCCAGGCAGCAUCACUCACUCCCCCAGGACAAAAAUUUCCCCCAGAUGUUUUGGAUGCUGCAAAGGGCAAAUCAGCAGAUGCACGCAAAGCUUGGCUGGAUGAAAGGGCCUUGAUUGUUAAGCAGGCCUUCUGUGAACUACCAAAUUAUGACAUCAUAGUACCUGUCCUUUUGGAGCAUGGUGUGGAGAGCUUGCCUCAGUACUGCAAGAUCACUCCAGGGAUUCCCCUGAAGCCCAUGCUGGCUCACCCAACCAAAGGAAUUGGGGAGGUAUUAAAGCGUUUUGAAGAAGCAGCUUUCACUUGUGAAUACAAAUAUGAUGGGGAGCGGGCACAGAUCCACAUUCUAGAGAAUGGAGAAGUACAUAUUUAUAGCCGAAACCAAGAGAACAACACAACAAAGUACCCUGAUAUUGUCACCCGUGUUCCCAAGGUGAAAAACAGCACUGUGAAAUCAUGCAUUUUGGAUGCAGAGGCAGUGGCCUGGGACCCUGUUGCAAAACAUAUCCUUCCAUUCCAAGUAUUGACCACCCGCAAGCGCAAGGAUGUGGACGCUGCAGAAAUCCGAGUGCAAGUUUGUAUAUAUGCAUUUGACAUGCUUUACCUUAAUGGAACGUCUUUAGUCCAGAAACCUCUGUCUCAGCGCCGGACAUUACUGCAUAAUUCUUUCACUGAGGUUGAAGGCCAAUUCCUUUUUGCCACUUCCAUGGAUACUAGUGAUGUUGAUGAGAUAGCAGAAUUUCUGGAAUGCUCUAUCAAAGACUCAUGUGAAGGGUUAAUGGUGAAAACACUCGAAGUAGAUGCCACAUAUGAAAUUGCAAAGAGGUCACACAAUUGGCUGAAGCUUAAAAAAGAUUAUCUGGAAGGUGUUGGUGAUACCCUUGACCUGGUGGUGAUUGGUGCCUACUUGGGCAAGGGCAAACGGGCAGGCACGUAUGGAGGUUUCCUCCUAGCAUGUUAUGAUGAGGAAAGUGAAGAAUUCCAGGGCAUCUGCAAAAUUGGCACGGGAUUCUCAGAUGAGGUCUUAGAGAAACUUCAUAGCUCACUCAAGGACUAUGUGAUUCCACAGCCACGACCAUACUAUCGUUGGGGUGGAAUAGCUGAACCUGAUCACUGGUUGGAAGCCCAGCAUGUUUGGGAAGUGAAGUGUUCUGAUUUAUCCAUUUCUCCCAUUCACAGAGCAGCAUCAGGUUUGGUGGAUGAAGAAAAGGGCAUCUCCUUACGUUUCCCCAGAUUCCUGCGCAUCCGAGAUGAUAAGAAACCAGAGGAAGCCACUAGCAGUGCUCAGGUGGCUGAACUUUAUCGGAAACAGCAGCAGAUCCAAAAUCAACUACCACUGGAAAAAGAUGAUUUCUACUAAUAAUAAAGUUUUUCUAAUUGAAGUUUUUUGGCAUGAGGUCAUAGUACUGAACAUAACUGUGUAUUAAAGUUUGGGAUAGAGAGUAAAAUGGCAACUUUGGUUACAGCUUUUUGUUUCUGAGAGUUGUUUCCCAGCUGAAUGAAAUUUCUUUGAUCUUGUAUGAAAUUUAAGUUGGUGAUAGUAUAUAAAUAAACCUUGAUAUUUUUAAAUUCC